UCGCGGCUGCACGUCGAGCAUUCAGUAGACUCGGCCAUUUCUCUCGCGAAGCGUAGCGACUCGCUCAGCCGCGCGACGGUUUUUUUUUUUCGCGACUGCACCGUGCGGGUACUCCCGGAAGUUUUGCAAAAUAACGCGACGCAAAAGGAUGAUACACUCCGGGCGCACCAGGCUCGAGAAAAAAGUAAGUCUCCAACAGUUAGGAGUGGGAGGAGGGGGCCAAGGGGUCGGACAAGGGGUACUGGCGGUCGAGGAGACGGAAAAAGGAGGCGGCGGUACCGGUGGACAAUGGUGGAAGCAGCAGCAUCCAUCCUAUCAUCACCAUUAUCACCAACAUCAUCAUCAUCAACAACAUUAUCAUCAUCAGGGCGGUUAUUACACGCAAUCGCAUACUCACAACCCUGUCACUACCAUGAAGCAAUCCUACAUGCAGCUAACAUGGGUGUUUCACGAUGACGAGGCGCAGAUUAACAAGAAACUGCCAAAAGAAUUGCUACUCAGAAUUUUUUCGUACCUCGAUGUCGUAUCGCUAUGCCGUUGUGCCCAAGUAAGCAAAGCCUGGAACGUGUUGGCGCUCGAUGGGUCCAAUUGGCAGAGGAUCGAUCUCUUCGAUUUUCAACGAGACGUGGAGGGACCAGUAAUAGAAAAUAUCUCGAGGCGUUGCGGCGGAUUCCUCAGGCAGCUCUCGCUCAAGGGUUGCCAGAGCAUCGGCAACAACUCGAUGCGCACUCUAGCCCAGUCGUGUCCUAAUAUCGAGGAGCUCAAUUUGAGUCAGUGCAAGAGGAUCUCGGACGCGACAUGCGCGGCCCUCAGCAGUCAUUGCCCCAAGCUCCAGCGGCUGAAUCUGGACUCCUGUCCCGAGAUAACGGACAUGUCCCUGAAGGAUCUCGCGGCCGGUUGCCCGCUGCUCACCCACAUCAAUCUCUCGUGGUGUGAGCUGCUCACCGACAACGGGGUCGACGCGCUCGCCAAGGGCUGCCCGGAACUUCGCAGCUUCCUGAGCAAGGGGUGCCGCCAGCUGACGGAUAAGGCCGUGAUGUGCUUAGCUCGCUACUGUCCUAAUCUCGAAGCGAUCAAUCUACACGAAUGCAGGAAUAUAACGGACGACGGAGUCAGAGAACUUAGCGAACGGUGUCCACGGCUGCAUUACGUUUGCCUGUCGAAUUGCCCCAAUUUAACGGACGCGACGUUGAUUAGCCUGGCACAACACUGUCCACUCCUCAAUGUACUCGAGUGCGUCGCGUGCACCCAUUUCACGGAUACAGGUUUUCAGGCCCUCGCGAGAAACUGCAAACUGCUCGAGAAGAUGGAUCUGGAAGAGUGCCUUUUAAUCACCGACGCCACCCUCACUCACCUGGCGAUGGGUUGUCCGAGAUUGGAGAAACUAAGCCUGUCACACUGUGAGUUGAUCACCGACGAAGGCCUCCGACAAAUCGCGCUGUCGCCGUGUGCGGCGGAACACCUGGCCGUCUUAGAGCUGGACAACUGCCCGAACAUCUCGGACAACGGUCUGAACCAUCUGAUGCAGGCCUGUCACAAUCUCGAGCGUAUCGAACUUUACGACUGCCUACACAUUACCAGAGAGGGCAUACGUAAACUCAGAGCCCAUCUACCGAACUUAAAGGUGCACGCGUAUUUCGCACCACCGACCCCACCACCCAGCGCGGGAGCCUCGCGACAACGAUACUGUCGGUGCUGCGUCAUUCUGUGAUUUUGCCUUCAACUCCUAACUCCGAAGUAAAAAUCGUCCGAUAUAUAUAUCCACGGGAUUAUAGUGGACCUUUAUCGGUAGUCGCUGCCUGCGGCGAUUAUGGGACCUCUCUCUCUCUAUCGUGGUUACCGGAGGAGACGCUCUGGUUGCCCAUCACACAUUGAUAAGUGAGAACGGGACUCGUUGUCAAUUGCAAAUCGUUAAAUCGAUUCAAGCUCCACACGCAACGAGUGAAGUACGUCACCAUCAUCAACACAGCCACUGAUGCUACUACUGCAAUUACCAAUAUGACCGCUGCUGCUGCUGCUGCUGCUAUUACUACUACCGCUGUUACUACUACACUUAUUAUUAUUAUUAUUAUUUCUAUUUGUACUCCGUUAUCUCGAUAGUAAGUGCAUCGCUAACUAUCUCGGUUUAUAUUGCGUGCGAAAAGUUAGUCUGCAAAGGAAAGAAAUUCUCAGGUUUCUUUAGCGAUAUUAUCAUUUUCUAUGAUCUUCAUUUAGCGUUCGUCCACGGAGAGAAAUGACGUGCGCGCGCUCCGCGCGUUUUCUGAGCCACUCACUGAUACGGAGCGACGUAUUCGAGAGCGAGCGAGCUUAUUUUGAUUAGCGUUCGGACGCGUAUUUUCCUAGCGCUACGCGAGCAAGUUUAUCGAUUUACGUUGCUCGAUAAACACGAGAUACUUAUUUUAAGAUACGCGUAAAUGUCUUAUAAAUAUCUUAAUGAGCACCCGCGCGUGUACUACCGAUGGGGCGUGGAGGAAAACGGUAGUUUUAGGGGACAAUGGAGUCGAGCGUAAUAAUUGCGUGCAAUCGUAUCCAGAAGUCGAAUUUCACACAUCUCGACGGGUAACCGUAGCAGUUUCUCAACGAACACUGCCUAUAAUGCUAUUGAUAAACGAGAAAAAAAAGAAGAAAAAAAAAACAAAUACGGUAUAGCGACCGCGAAUCGAAUCUCGUCAUAAUAUUUAGGAUAUUACUAUCGUUUAACGUAUAACGUAGACGUAUAACGCACCGACAAAAUAUGGCUCGGUGAAAGUGUUUCUUCUCGGUGUCUGUUUAAAAGUAUUAACGUAUCGCGCGUACGUGAUUACCGAGCGACACCUACGAAUUUCUUUCCUUUCGUUUAAAAGAAAAAAGAAGAAAAAAGUAGGAACAGAGAGAGAGAGAGAGAGACAAAGAAGAACGCGUGACUUUGUCGCAUUAAGGGCGCACAACUUUCAACUUUUAACGACGGAAAUUUCGACGUAUUGUGAUCGUGGACACUCGAGACGAAGUGAGAAAGGGAGGAGGACGCUCGAGUAUCGUCUUUUGAAGACUCUAACCGCCGCUGGCGCGGCUUAUAGUGGUGGCGCGUGAGAGAUGCAUUUUACAAUCGAUUCACGGGCAGACGGUAUUUACGCCCGUGCAUCGUAUCCUCGAGUACCCGUAAAAUCGUAAACACCACUUCUCCUCGACAGCCCGGACAUCUAUUCUAUUAUUUCUUUUCCCUGUUUUAUUAUCUUGUUUUUUUGUUUUUUUUUUUGUAACUUGUCAUGGACUAGGAGAGCACAGACUGACAAACGAAUCAAAGCGUUAAUGUGUUAAACCGAUUAACUUCGUGCCGGCGGCGAACAGCGCUGGCGUUUUUACUUUUUAAGCCUAGGUUUAAAAAAAAAAGAACGGAAUGGCGGCAGUAUCAUGAAGCCACGGACGUAUCGCUAAGGGCGGAUGGAUCGGCGAUCUCCGCGCGCGAUCUUCGCCAACUGGAUCCCGGAUACUCCGUGACUACAGUGACAAUGUGCCCGAUGGUGAGAAACAAACAAAACAAACAGAAAAGACGUUUAAUCUCCGACUCAGUGCUUGUAAAAAGCCCCGAUCGUAAGGUCGGCGCCAACUCACAAUCGGAUCACGGUAUUGUUCGAUGAAGCAGUCGAUUUGUUGUGAGGGACCUUGGCGGGAGCGUUGAGCAUCGCAAAAGAAAAAAAGAAGAGACGAACAGUUCAUAACAGAACGCAAAAUGUCGAACGUGGAUUCCCGGAGGCCGGGAAACGGACCGCGGGAAGACGAGCAACCCCUAUACAUGUGGAUUACGAUUUUCCAUUUGAUUGUACACGAAGAAAUUCCACAGCGUAGUUUCUCCGCGAGUUCUCGCGACGGGACUUGACGGCGGAUUUGGGUUUCGAAUCGACAUAAUUUAUUUUGAAUAUAAAAAAAAAGACACUUACACAUAACACACAACAUAUAAACGCGCGCGCGCGCACACAUACACACUCACACGUACAGACACACAUACAUUGGCUAUAUUUUUAGAAGCGUACCCUUGCCAGAUUUUUACUAAAGAAGCCGAGGACGCGCACUUUGAACGCGUUAAUGGCCGAUCGAAGACCAACGCGCGAAAUUUUUAAAAGCGGUCCAGUUUCGAAGUGCAAUAUCCGUCAGAGACGCGAAACGCGCCUCGUUUUUUCCUUCCUCUGUCUUUGAAUUCGUGAAUCGUAAACCCGGUUAACAUCGCGACACGGUGCGUCGUCGCGUUAAGCAAAAGGGGGGGGGAGGAGGAAAAAAGAAGACAAGAAACACGGGGUAUCGAUUGUUAAUCCUUUUGGUAGCGUGUAAGAGACGUACCGCGUAUAUAUUGAAGUAUAUAGCGUGUAACAGAAAUAACGGAUGCGGCAACCUAGAUAUAUAAUACAACAGUAAAUAAAUAUAUAGAUAAGAUAUGUUUUAUACGCUGCAUGUCAUCCCUAGUGGAAUAACGUGAUCAUUGUAAACGUGUCGUUCGAAGUCAGGUUAAUAAUUAUAAGCGAUGUACGAUUAUACGCGCGCAUGACGUAACCGCGAUGAUGCAGGACACACACGAAACACAAUACGCAUACACACACGUACAUAGAAACACGCGCGUUGUCCGCACUCGUGCAAGGCUUUCCGACCUCUCGCGAAUCUCGGUGCGAGCGUUUGCGUUGCUCUUCCGAGCUCCUCCGAACGGAAUUGUCCCCCGCGUCGCGACUCGACCGCGCGAAUUCUCUAAGAAUUUGGCAAACACCAACAUUAUAUCAAUAUUAUAUCAUUUCCCACUCAACAAUAUAAGUGUAAUAUAACGUGUGUUUUAUGUGACAGUUACAUUGUUCAGUAGGAAAUUAUAAUAUUGAUACAAUCUUUGAUUAUACCCAGACAGCACCGUGUCUAAGAUCAGAACAUAAGACAUCUUAAGACGCCUUAUGUCCCGAUAUUGGACACGCGUGCUGUCUGGGCAGUCAAAGGAUAGAAUAUUGCUGUUGGAUGGCGUUUACUUGGGGAAGAGAGCGACGGAACUCUUUCCCGAAUCUUUAGCGGCGGAUGAGAUUCACGCUCGAGGAACGAAAGGGUCCCGCCGACGGUCUCCGCGGUCGGCCGCCCGUCCGAUGCGCGAGCUAAACUCAAAAUACAAAGUCAAUCGCAGUGCCUGAAAUGUUACGAAGCUAAUCCGUGUAGUCGUGUCGAGCGCGAGCUCUCCCGCGCGUGCGGCAGAUUGUAACGCUAACGUAGAAUGAUGUUUGGCUGAACCAAAGUUUGUAGCGCGGCAUCCGGGCGUCAGGCGGUCCGACGCGUCGGGCCGUGACGCGCGCCGACGACAUGUGUCCGAUCGAGGAGGAGACUCGGGGAGACGUCUAUCACAGCCGUCGCAAACCGCCGUCAACCGGGGUAUCAUCGUCCGUCGUUUAAUUGCGUUUGCGUUAACCCGCGAGGGGACGGCGAGAGAGCCUUGUCGGAAAAUCUCUUUGACUCGGACGUGCGGGAUUCGCUCUCGGACGAUCUUCAGACUUGCGAUAUCUGUCGGGGAUCUCCGAGAGAAACGGGGGAACGAAGUACCGUCACACACUUUCGAUGAUCGCCACUUACAGUUUAAUCAAUUGUAAUAAUCCGCAGUUGUCACCGUUGAAUCGUGUUGUAACGGUUAAUUAAGAAGAUAAGAGAUCGAAGCGUUGACGCCGCUGAGUGAUCGUGCAAGUGUUUGGCUGUGCAAGAGAGAAAGCUGAUUAGGUCUGAAUAGGAAGGCUGUGAAUAGGCUGAGAAGAAAGAGGGGGAGGAAGGGAGAAAAGAGAGCGAGCGAGAGAGAGAGAGAGCGAGAGAGAGAGAGAGUGCGAGCGAGAGUAAAGAAUGAAAGGGUUGAGAGGGUGCGUGUGAGAGAGAGAAUGCGAGAGAUAAAGAUAUUAUAAUCGAAGUCAGCGAAAGUAUCCCGGUAUCCGCUGCGUGUAUCGACGGAUUCACACGCGAUCAGUCUCGUAAUAGUCGCUACAUACCCGAGGAAAUCGGGUCGGACCGUUAUCAAUCAGCCGUUUAUUUUGGGAAAUAAACGAAAACUCCAAAAAACAUUAACGUUUCUCACGUACAACAGCAUCCAUGGUCUACACGUGUCGGCCUACACGUGCCUCCCGACAACCUCGACAACCUCGGCUAUCGAGAGGACGUCGAAAAAAAGAAGAAAAAGGGAAAAAAAUGCAAAAAAAAAAUAAGUAAAAGAUGAAACAGAUUCGCGUACGAAUACUGUAGCUAAUUAUAUUGACACUUCGCUGCUUCGAGAAGCUGCAGUCUACCAUGUAUAUAUUUUCAUUAAUGUAUGUAUAAUAAAAUAUAUUCGAGACAAAAUCCC